AUGGAAGAAGAGAUUAAAAAGUUACCAGAUUUGCGUGUAUCUGAAUUGGUAUUCCUUGCAACACAACAACCAAGUAAUGCUGUAGUAAAGAAAGAUUUACUUGUAGAGAUUGAAAAAUAUCAAAUGUUACCACUUUAUAAGAAAUUAGUUGAACAAUUGAAAUGGGAAGAGGAUCGUCAGUUAUCAGAGAAAUUAAGAGUGGAAAACGAAAAGGAGUUGACAGAGUUGAAUUUCAAGAUAAAAGAUGCCGAAGAAAACUUUGGUGAGUCUGAAAUCAGAGAAGCAUUCCUAGCGAAAUCUGAUUACUAUUGUAGAAUUGGUGAUAAAGAUAAAGCAUACUCAAGUUAUAGACAAACCUAUGAAAAGACAGUACCACUCGGUCAGAAGUUGGAUUUGAUAUUUACAGUGAUUCGUAUGGGUAUCUUCUGGAUGGAUCACGAUAUUAUCACACGUAACUUGGAGAAGGCCAAAUCGUUGGUGGAGGAAGGCGGUGACUGGGACCGUAAGAACCGUUUGAAGACCUAUGAAGCUGUAUAUUUAAUGUCGAUUCGUAAAUUCAAGGAGGCCUCCGAGUUGUACUUGGAUACACUGGCAUCGUUCACCUCGGUCGAGUUCAUCGACUACCCGAUCUUUGUAGAGUAUCUCGUGUUGACCUCGAUGUUGCAUUUGGAUCGUGUCUCGUUGAAGACCAAGGUCAUCGAUUCGCCCGACGUACUCUCGGUGAUUGGCGACGUUCCACACCUCAGUGAGCUGCUCCACAGCUACUACGACGGUGAGUACAACCAAUACUUUGUACACUUGGCACACUUUUCCGAAUCGACCAAGAACGACCGUUAUCUCGCCGCUCACUCUCGUUUCUUGACCAGAGAACUCAGAAUCCUCAGUUACAACCAAUACUUGGAGUCAUACUCUAGUGUACGUUUAGAAUCAAUGUCCAAUCAAUUCGGUGUAUCUUUUGAUUUUAUUGAUAGAGAGUUAUCACGUUUCAUCUCUGCAGGAAGAAUCAGUUGUAAAAUCGAUAGAGUCUCUGGUGUUGUAGAGACAACAAGAUCAGAUUCAAAGAACUCCAUAGUCCAAAAGUUAUCUCGUGUCAUCAAUGUUUAA